AUGCUGGAUUCUGUGUUCUACUUGUUAGUUGGCGUGUCUCAAAUGUUUUUACCUUAUUCUCUCUUUUCCUUUUUCCCCUUUUCAUUCUGCACACAGUCUUUGCAAGCUUUUCAGCGAAAACACACAGUUAGCACACUCCGUGCGCGCGCGCCGUGGUGUGCCGGUAUUCCACCCCGCUGUAUGGGCGACCGGAUCAUGAAGCGUAUGAAUUUUCGAUUACUACAACUUGCAGCAAUAUCCUCCACCACAUGGGGACCGAAGCGUGACGUCCUCCGAGCCUUCUACCUGACGCUAGUUCAAGCCCAGACGCUCUACGGCUUUGAGAUCUGGUAUUGGGAUGCGGCUCCCACAUCACGCAAACUCCUAGAUGCAGGACAAAACAAAGCUUGCCGAACCAUAGCGGGUAUCCCCUAUGGAUGUCGCUCCGCCGACGCACUACGUGAAGCCCGUCUUCUCCCAUUAGAGAUGACGGCCAUGAUUCGGAGCCUCAAAUAUUUAAUGCGAUGCCAAACGCGAGGUGGAUCUCUCAAAGAAAGUGCAGAAUAA